GGCGUAAAGUUCUUAUCAAUAAACUUAUUGAAUCAAGAUCAUUGGUUUUAGAUCCAAAACGUGGUAUUAUGUUUUUUACUGCAACAAUAAUGGCUACGAAUGAAGAAAAAGAUGAUGAUAAUGUAAUUAUAACAUUAUAUCCAUAUGCUAUACGUAAAGCUAAUAUGGAUGGUACAAAAAUGACUAUUUUUGGUGAACAAUUUGAUCGUUCAACUAGUUUUAUUAGUUCAUUAGCCAUUGAUAUUGAUCAGGCAUUUAUUUAUUGGGCUGAUACAGGUGAAAAAACUCUUAAUCGAAUGAAUUAUUUGAAAGAAAAUCAACCGAAACAAUUAUGGCAAUCAUCACGUAUUAAUAUGGCAAAUUCACUUUUCUUCUAUAAUAAUACCAUAUUAUGGACAGAAAUUCAACAUGGUACUAUUCAACAAUUUGAUUUGAAUAAAAAUCUUAGCAAAUUUAUUCUGGAAGAACGAGCACCAUUAUUUCAGAUAAAAAUAUGGAAUUCGAACCAACAAAAAAAUAAUUCGCGAUUAGAUAUUUGUUCGAUCGAAAAAAAAGAACAUAAUUGUCAACAGUUAACAUUACGGACAUCUGGUGAUCAACAUUCGAUUUGCGCAUGUGAUGAUCAUUAUGAAUCGGUUGAUGAAAAAAAUUGUCAACAAUUAUCCGUUGAACAAUUAUCGAAAAAAUUUUGUUCAUCCAAACAAAUUUAUCUAAUUAAAGGUAGAAGAUGUGUUCAAAAAUCAUCUCUUUUACAUUCGGGUUUGCAAGAAAAUUCUAAUCGAAAACCAAAAAGUCAUCGUUCUCGUCUUAAUUAUUCGAAAGGAAAGACAAUUGACGAUGAUAAUAAUAAUGAUGGUGAAGAAUUUGGCGUAGAUAAAAAACAAUGCAAAGAAAAAGAAUUUCAAUGUGACAAUGGACAACGUUGUAUACCAUAUUAUUGGCUUUGUGAUGGACAUAAAGAUUGUCAUGAUCAAACGGAUGAAAAACAAAUCUGUCAGGUUAUAUCACCACCAGAUUUUCAUUGUCCGGAUGGUUAUUUUCAAUGUCAAAAACGACCAUUAUGUAUACCAAAAGAAUGGCAUUGUGAUCAUCAACAUGAUUGUGGUGAUGAUGAUCAUAGUGAUGAACAAAAUUGUAAUCAUCAUUAAAAUCUAUAAUGGAAUCGAAUCGAAUCAACUAACCUAAAUUCGCAGAUAU